UCUGAAGCCUGCUGGACGCUGGAUUAGGAGGCAGCAGAAAAAGCUCUGGUGCUUACAGAAGCCCCCUCAGUGUGCAGACCUAGGCUAGGCGCGGAGCUGCAGCGCACUCACAGACAGAUUCUCAACCACUGCGCCACCAGGGAAGCCCAGAUGAUAAGUUCUUGACAUGGCAGUAUGGAUGGAGGGAGAGCAGAGGUCCUGGUUGCUGAGACCUUGUCCCACUUUCUAACCAGAAGGCCUCUCAGAAGAUCUUAUUUAUGAACACCCCCAGCUGCCUGCAUCCCCUCCCACCUCCACAUCCUGAUUCCAGGGGCCCCAGGAUGCAGGCGUUUGUGCUACUCCUCUGGACUGGAGCCCUCCUCGGGUACGGCAGCUGCCAGAACACCAGCCUGGAGGAGGGCUCCCUGGCCCCCGAGACCACGGGGGUGCCAGUGGAGGAGGAGGAUCCCUUCUUCAAGGUCCCUGUGAACAAGCUGGCGGCCGUCGUCUCCAACUUUGGCUACGACUUGUACCGCGUGAGAUCCAGGGAGAGCCCCGCUGCUAAUGUGCUCCUGUCUCCGCUCAGCGUGGCCACGGCGCUCUCUGCCCUUUCGCUGGGAGCGGAGCAGCGGACAGAAGCCAGCAUUCACCGGGCUCUCUACUAUGACCUGAUCAGCAAGCCAGACAUUCACAGUACCUAUAAGGGACUCCUUGCCUCUGUCACCGCCCCGGAGAAGAACCUCAAGAGCGCUUCCCGGAUCGUCUUUGAGAGGAAGCUGCGGAUAAAAGCCAGCUUUGUCGCACCCCUGGAAAAGUCGUAUGGGACCAGGCCCAGAAUCUUGACCGGCAACAAUCACUUGGACCUUCAGGAGAUUAACAACUGGGUGCAGGCCCGGAUGAAAGGGAAAAUCGCUAGGUCCACGAGGGAAAUGCCCAGUGGAAUCAGCAUUCUCCUUCUUGGUGUGGCUUACUUCAAGGGGCAGUGGGUAACAAAGUUUGACUCCAGAAAGACUUCCCUAGAUGAUUUCCACUUGGAUGAGGAGAGGACCGUGAAAGUCCCCAUGAUGUCAGACCCUAAGGCCAUUUUACGCUACGGCUUGGAUUCUGAUCUCAACUGCAAGAUUGCCCAGCUGCCCUUGACCGGGAGCAUGAGUAUCAUUUUCUUCCUGCCUCUGAAAGUGACCCAGAACUUGACCAUUAUAGAAGAGAGCCUCACCUCUGAGUUCAUUCAUGACAUAGACCGAGAACUGAAGACUGUUCAAGCGGUCCUGACCAUCCCCAAGCUGAAGCUGAGUUACGAAGGCGAACUCACAAAGUCCGUGCAGGAGUUGAAGUUGCAGUCCUUGUUUGAUUCACCAGACUUUAGCAAGAUCACGGGAAAACCUAUCAAACUUACUCAAGUGGAACAUCGCACUGGCUUUGAGUGGAAUGAAGAUGGGGCGGGUACCACCCCCAGCCCAGGGCUCCAGCCUGCCCACCUCACCUUCUCCCUGGAUUAUCACCUUAACCAACCUUUCAUCUUUGUACUGAGGGACACAGACACAGGGGCCCUUCUCUUCAUAGGCAAAAUUCUGGACCCCAGGGGCACUUAAUACUCCAAUUUAAUGUUCAAAUACCCCAGAAGAAGACAACGCUAGAGGGAUGGCAGAUUAUAUAUUACACAAAGGCUGCCCCUAUGUUUCAAUGUAUACUUUGCAAUAAAAGUGCUUUAUCCUUAA